AUGGAGAAAGGUAGUCCCGUUGAGAUCACUCAAGUGUCUGCCGACACAGACUAUAAGUCGUCUUAUGAGUAUCUCCUCGAGCUCGAGGAGCACUAUUCUGCCCAUGCCCAGGAAAAACGUAGAAUGCUGACCAAGAUCGAUCUGCGCUUGCUUCCUUACCUCUCUCUUUGCUACCUGUGGUGUACGCUCGACAAGUCAAACGCUGGUAAUGCAAAAUUGUUUGGAGUUCUCACAGACACCAAGAUGACCGGCGAACAAUUCAACCUGGCCCUCACAUGUCUAUUUUUCACCUACGGCCUGUUUGAGCCGGUCUCAAAUAUCGCCCUCAAAAGGUUCGGACCUAGGCUAUGGGUGCCUUCCAUGAUGAUUAUCUGGGGUGUUGUUGCAUUAUGCACGGCCUUUGUUAAGUCUUGGCACCAGUACAUUGGAAUUCGGCUAUGCCUCGGAGCGGCAGAAAGUGUUAUCUAUCCCGGCUCGUACUUCAUUCUAAGCUGCUGGUAUACCCGCUCCGAGCUGCAGACGAGAAUGGGAAUUUUCUAUGGCGCCAACACGCUUGCCGGAGCGUUCGGUGGAGUUCUGGCUUACGGCAUCGGUAAUCUCGACCAUGCCAGAGGCUGGCGUGCCUGGCGGUGGCUGUUUCUCAUUGAAGGAGUGGCAACUGUGUUUGUUGCACUUCUCGGCUAUGUCCUCCUUCCAAACUUCCCCGGAGAGAGCAAGAUCAGGUUUUUUUCUGACAAAGAGCUGGAUUACCUUUAUCUGCGGAAAAAGUACGAUAACGGGCCGGCAGGAUCCAACCAAAAAUUUGAGAUGAAGCAGGCCUGGAACGCCCUCAAGGACCCGCAAGUCUACUUUCUCAUGCUCAUGUUUUAG